GGUAGCUAGUAUCCGUCAAAUGUAAUAUUGAUACAAAAGUGAGGUGUAGCGAAAGGCAGACACUAUUCUUACUCAAGUGUUGACGCAGAUUUUUAUAUUUCACUAGUUUUGUGCUGAUGUCGCGACGUAUUCGUAGCAGCCAGGAGUGGGAGGUGCAUGCUUCGACUCUAGCCCGCAAAACUUCCAACCCUAUACGGCGAAUCGUCGAGAAUUUAAACGUCGAACCUAAUCCUGACAAGGAACUCAUUGCUCUUUCGAUAGGUGACCCAACCACGUUCGGAAACCUCAACCCUCCGGACCAAUUAUUGCAAGCUGUUCGGGAAAGCAUUGAAUUGCAUAAAAGUCGAGGCUACGCUCCAUCCAAGGGCCACUAUGAAGCUAGAGUUGCAGUGGCUAAGUACAGUGCUCAUCAAGGCGAAGUUACUCCAGAUGACGUAAUCUUAACCAGCGGUUGCUCCCAUGCAAUUGAAAUGGUAAUCACAGCUAUCGCAGAUAGUGGACAAAAUAUACUUAUUCCUCGACCAGGAUUCUCCAUAUACCAAACGUUGUCCGAAGGCUUUGGGAUAAUAACAAAAUAUUAUAAUUUGUUGCCUAAUGAACAUUGGAAAAUCGAUCUUGAUGAUUUAGAAAGCCAGAUUGAUGAUGACACUGUCGCUAUAGUAAUCAAUAAUCCGUCAAAUCCUUGUGGUUCAGUGUAUGAUAAGGAACAUUUAUAUGAGAUCUUAGACAUAGCCUCCAGGAAUAAAGUGCCCAUUAUAGCUGAUGAGAUAUAUGAGCACUUUGUGUUCUCCAACCGCAAAUUCAUACCUAUAUCUUCUUUAUCCAAAGAUGUUCCAGUACUUACAUGUAGUGGACUUACAAAACGAUUUUUAGUUCCUGGCUGGCGAAUGGGUUGGGUGGUCAUUCAUGACCGAAAUAAUGUCCUGGGGAAGGAAAUGCGACAGGCUUUGUCUAAUUUGUCGAUGAGAAUUCUUGGACCUAGCGCAUUAAUACAGACCGCAUUGCCGGCAAUUCUAGAAUAUACGCCGCAAAGUUUCUUUGACGAAGUCUUGUUGUUUAUCGAGACACAAGCCAAACUCGCCUAUAAAGAAUUGCGGGAUGCACCAGGUUUGCGACCAAUUGAGCCUCAAGGAGCUAUGUAUAUGAUGAUAGAAAUAAAAAUGCUCUUAUUUCCUGAAUUUAAAGAUGAAUGUCAGUUUGUGGAAAGCCUCGUGACUGAACAAUCUGUUUUCUGUUUGCCGGGACAGUGCUUCGAGUAUCCUAACUACAUGCGGAUUGUAUUAACGGUACCAGAAGAUAAACUAAGAGAGGCGUGCCAGAGGAUAGUAAAAUUUUGCAAAGAUCAUGUGAUAGGAGAAAAGAGGAAAGAAAUAGAAAACAAUGAUAUCGCGAACGAUGUAAAAGUUAUAUGUGAUGAUAUAACCAAUGUCCUGUAACUUAUAAAGGAGUUUUAAUGAGUAUAGACAAUUAUAACUAUUUGCAUUAACUAGAGUAUAGAGUAUCAUAUAUCUAGUGGAGUUAUAAUUAAUAUUGCACUCGAUAAUAAUUUAAUUUAGAAAUUGCGAUGUAAACUUUGAAAAUGUUGUCAUUAGAUACACAUUUUGCUUGUAAGUAAAACAUCAUUCUAGAAACCGUUGUUCAAAUCAGACUCUUACAGCAGUCUGUGUGAUAAAAAUAAUAUUGCAUAGUCUACCAAAAAAACUGCAAAAAUGUACUUGUAAAAUGUGCGGUACAGAAUAUAUUUUUACAAUAUAUAGUCUGCUUAGGUACUUAUAAGUUUAAAGACUGUUGAAGAUGUAUGUUCCCCUUUACAUUAAAUUACGUAACUUAACGUGAUUUAACUGCCAGCCCGAUUUGAAAAAUCAUUUGGUAUAAGUAUAACGCCGUCUUGUUAAUUUUUAAGGUGUUUGCGUCAUUGCUGUUGGGAUAUUUAGUUCAUCAACACUUUGUGGGACGUCGUAAUAACACGAAUACGUUUGAAUUGAAACGACUAUUAACUUGAAAAUCAUUCCAAUCACACAGGAAAUAUUAUUGUAAAUAUUCAGAUUAUUGUCAAUAAUAAUAUUACAGGCAGGCAUUUCAAUUUUAUAUAUUAAUUGUAUGUACUAUGUACUUAUAGAUAAGUAUAGGAGAAAACCAUUCUUCGAAUGUUUUAAGAACGCCACUAGGCUUUUUUUAAUUAGUGGUGAAGAUAAAUUGUAUGGUUGUGAUUACAGUUACUAUUGUAGGUUGAUACCUACUUUUACCAUAAUAUUUUCAUCAACUUUUUUGUAUAAAUGAAUGUUUG